ACUCAAAUUCUUUCACAGCAGUAAAGCGAGCAAAUCACCAUGGCAAACUUUACAUCAAUCCUUAACUACGAAAAAAUGGUCGCUUUACAGUCAAGACUGGUUGGAAUGUUUGAGCUGAAGUUGCUGCCAGCUCAAACAUCGUGGCCAGUUUGAUUGUUCUGGUUUUCUGUGUGCGCUCCGCAAAGAACCAUGGUUACCCAUCCUAUUACCGCAAUCGCACAGUUAAAAAGAUAACACGAACUCUCUUUCUCUUUCUCUCCCUCUUUUCAUCAAACCGAUCGCCAUGGAGAGCCUCAGAGAAUCAUCCAACUUAUGGCCCGCGCCCCCGCCAAACGCAUCACCAUUCUCUCGCCCCGACCUCAGUGAUGGCACGACGACAAGAGAUCAGCGUGCGCCUAGUGGACAGCACAAGGCUUCUUCGAGCAACAAGCGUCCCUCAGACCUACAGCUCUCCCCUCCCGCCAAGCGUGGCUUGAUAGCAUACAACAAAUACAUACCCGUUCGUCGAACAAAGUCCACCUCGCGACCAGCACAGGAGAGAAAACAACCCAAGAUCCCGGAGCUGCCCGUAGAAUUGUGGCUCAUGAUCGUGGAGUUCGCCACGGAGUCGGCCAACCCAAGGGAAUUAUGCCAGGCUUAUAUCAACCUGAAGAAUCUCUCUAUGGUAGAAAACAUUCGUGCGGCCACCCAAACGGUUUUCAUGAGGAUGGUUCGCAAGGAGUUCAAGGUCAAAUUCGACAUGCUGAGCUCUGAGUUUGUUGGGUUCUCUGAGGACCAAACCCGUGUGGUACUCCGCUGCGUGGCUCCCGAAGGGCUCACUACGGGUGUAUUCGGCAACACCGCCGAGGAAGAAAGAAAGGGGUGGAUGGAAGAUUGGGCGAACCUGACUAUGAACGAGUGGAAAAACCAUCUGCGCCAGUACCUUUCCGCACUUAAACAACCCAAAGACAGCCACCACAUGCCUGCGCCUUAUAUCAUCACAUUUGGCUUGGCGCUCAACGACACGGAGCUUCCGGAACUAGAGUUCGACUUCGACAAGAUGGAUUUCUCCUUCAACUGGGCAGGUAUGCUCGAUAAGUUCCUUGAAGAGGAGCACUAUGUUCGAUCCCGCGUGCCGGACUACAAGGCCUAUUCCCCUGGAUAUAACUAUUUCGACAUAAUUGUGGACACCGAGGAUGGUUUUUACCGUCAAGUUCGCCGCCUGCGCAACCUGAGCGAAUAUUUUAGUGGGAAUGUUAACAUGCCCCGGCAUCAAUGGGGUUUGCCCCUACCCCCUGGGGCGGCUGAGGGCGCUAAUGACACGGUUCGGCGUCUCGAUAUACUGCGGCACAAACGGGGGGCCUUUCUCAUGGAACGGGAACCUACUCGGUUCCCAAAAUGGCUUGUUCGACAAACGCUUCCUUUUUAUAGAAGCACAUUUUAUCCCUGGCCAUAGGUCUGGUCUGAACAGGCAGAGCAUAAAGUAGUGACGGCUUGGGCGAUGCGGGCUUCGGUGUAGUUAGCAGCUUUAUGGGGGUGAAAUUGGUGGCAUGAAGUAACCGUUUUUCUGAGAGAGUCAUGAUCCGGGUGGUUAUACACAAGGAGAUUUGUUUGAACAAAGGCAUGGAUAGCAUAAGAGACAAACCUCAAUAGGAGCCCGCCGCUGUAUCACGGUCAAAGGUGUUUCCGCGAGACAAUUACACAGGCUACA